GUGUCAGCGACCGUACCGACCGCUCGGCCCCGGAGGCAUCCGCGGGCCGCCGCACUAGCCUCACCGGGCACCGUGGCAGGAGGACCCGCGCUUCCGUAGCUCGACCGGGUCCCGUGCCUUGUCCGCCUGAGGGUACUUCGGACGCCGCACGUCAGUUUAUAAGUCUCUGUCUCCCACUUCGGCAUCAUGCGUGAGGUCAUCAGCGUGCAUAUCGGCCAGGCUGGCAUCCAGAUGGGCAACGCCUGCUGGGAGCUCUACUGCCUCGAGCACGGCAUCCAGCCCGACGGCCAGAUGCCCUCAGACACCAGCGUUGGCGUCGCCGACGACAGUUUCAACACGUUCUUCUCCGAGACGGGCGCCGGCAAGCACGUGCCGCGCGCCGUGUUCGUGGACCUGGAGCCGACGGUGGUGGACGAGGUGCGCACGGGCACCUACCGGCAGCUGUUCCACCCGGAGAACCUGAAAAGCGGGAAGGAGGAUGCUGCCAACAACUACGCACGCGGCCACUACACCAUCGGCAAGGAGCUCAUUGAUCAGACGGAGGAUUCAAUUCGUAAGAUGGCCGACCAGUGUUCCGGAUUUCAGGGUUUCCUCAUCUUUCAUUCGUUCGGUGGCGGCACUGGCUCUGGCUUCACCUCCCUGGUGAUGGAGAAGCUUUCACUGGACUACGGCAAGAAGGCGAAGCUGUGCUUCUCCAUCUACCCGGCGCCGCAGGUGGCCACGGCUGUGGUAGAACCUUAUAACGCCAUCCUGUUCGCUCACACCACACUGGAGCACGCAGACGUAGAGUUCAUGAUGGACAACGAGGCCAUCUACCAGCUGUGCCAGAAAAACCUGGACAUCGCGCGUCCGACGUACACCAACCUGAACCGGUUGAUCGGUCAGAUCAUCUCCUCCAUCACCGCCUCGCUGCGCUUCGACGGCGCGCUCAACGUCGAUCUCAACGAGUUUGAGACCAACCUGGUGCCGUACCCUCGCAUCCACUUCCCGCUGGUCACCUACGCACCGGUCGUAUCGGCGGAGAAGGCGCAGCACGAGAAGUUCACCGUAGAGGAAAUCACGAGGUCCUGCUUCGAGCCGGAUAACCAGAUGGUGAAGUGCGAUCCGCGCGACGGCAAGUACAUGUCCUGUUGCCUGCUGUACCGCGGCGAUGUCGUGCCCAAAGAUGUCAACGCCGCCAUCUCCGUCAUCAAGAACAAGAAGACGAUCCAAUUUGUCGACUGGUGUCCGACCGGCUUCAAGGUGGGCAUCAACUACCAGCCGCCGACCGUGGUGCCCGGCGGCGACCUGGCCAAGCUACAGCGCGCUGUGUGCAUGCUCUCCAACACCACAGCCAUCAAGGACGCCUGGGCGCGCCUGGACCACAAGUUCGACCUCAUGUUCGCCAAGCGUGCCUUCGUGCACUGGUACGUCGGCGAGGGCAUGGAGGAGGGCGAGUUCUCGGAGGCGCGCGAAGACAUCGCGGCGCUGGAGAAGGAUUACGAGGAGGUAGCGCAAGACGGUGAUAUUGAUGAAGAAAUUGAGGAUGAGUACUAACUCAGCAACUGAAGAAAAACUUGAGCUAUCUGUGACUGCGUGAAGUCAUGAAGCUUUGUUUCUCACGUGAAUAUUACACAUCUAUCGUAUGGUGUCAAAUAUAUUUGACCCAGCUUUGUUGGUGAAACGAAAAAUAUACAUAAGCUACUUUACUUUAGCUUUUUCUUUAUGCAAUGCCUUGAUUGAUCUGGCCUAAGCAUUUUCUACAGGAGCAUAUCCAUAUGUUUGAAACAG